AUGUUUGGACGCCUCAAGCAUAAGCUCUCCCGACGCUUCGACGAGGACAAAAAAUCCUCGUCGCCGGCUUCGUCACUGCCACCUUCGCCUACCAAGCCAGCAGCAUAUUCGACUGCUGCCACAACCAGCGACACGGCUGCGACUACGCCUGCCCCCUCCACCAGCACGCCAGAAGCUAGGAAGCCUUCUUCUUCGACUGACACUACUGCUACGCCGGUCGCAACCACUCCCGCCACAUCCACGCCUGCAACCAGCGACCUCGACCACAACUCAGACAACCAGACCACGGACGCCGAAGGCCAUGACUUCACCACUAACGGUGCCGUGGUUCCUCGCAUCAACCUUGGCUAUUUCACCAACUGGGGCAUCUACGGUCGCAAGUACUCUCCCCUCGACGUGCCUAUCUGCAAUCUCACCCACGUCCUGUAUGCGUUCGCCGACGUUAACCCAGACACGGGCGAGUGCUUCCUCACCGAUCUGUGGGCCGACGAGCAGCUGCACUACACGGGUGAUUCAUGGAACGACAAGGGUAACAACUUGUAUGGCAACUUUAAGCAGUUCUUGCUGCUGAAGAAGAAGAAUCGCGCCCUCAAACUCAUGCUUUCCAUUGGCGGUUGGACGUUUGGCCCGCACUUUGCUCCCAUGGCUGCGGACGCCAAGAAGCGCGCCAAAUUCGUCUCGUCUGCUAUCACUAUCUUGGAAAACGACGGUCUGGAUGGGUUGGACAUCGACUGGGAGUACCCAGCCAACGAUGCGCAGGCGGCCCACUUCGUGCUGCUUCUCAAGGAGCUGCGUGCGGGUCUCACUGCCCACCAGAAGAAGAAGGACGACAUGGUGCCCUACCUGCUCUCCAUCGCCGCCCCGUGCGGUCCCGACCAGUACAAGGUCCUCCAAGUUGCCAAGAUGGACCAGUACCUCGACUUCUGGAACCUCAUGGCCUACGAUUUUGCCGGCUCCUGGUCCACCGUUACUGGCCACCAGGCCAACCUGUGGAACAUCAAGGGUGCUCCGCCCUCCACCGACGACGCCGUAAACUACUACAUCGGCAAAGGUGCCGUCUCGCACAAACUCGUCCUGGGCAUCCCGCUCUACGGCCGUGGCUUCGAAAACACCGACGGCCCUCAACAACCGUACAAGGGCACGGGCCAGGGCACCUGGGAAGCGGGCAACUGGGACUACAAGUUCCUGCCCAUCAAAGGCGCAAAGGAGAUGAUCAACACCAAGAUCGCCGCCAGCUGGAGCUACGACUCGGGCAAGCGCGAGUUUAUCAGUUACGACACACCGCAAAACGUGCUGCUCAAGUGUGCGUAUAUUCGACAGAAGAGGUUGAGGGGCGCCAUGUUCUGGGAGCUUAGCGGUGACGCUACCAAGGCCCAAGGUGGAGCCGAUCGCAGUCUGGUAGCACUCACAGCCAAGAACAUGGGUGUGCUGGAUACCACAUUGAACCACAUCUCGUACCCGUACAGCAAGUGGGACAACGUCAAGGCUGGCCUGAAGUGA